AGUCCAGCAGAGUGGAUGCUGCUGCCUGCCCAGCCCCUCCCUGCCUCCCUGCUCCUCCCUCUUCAUCCUCCCUCCUCCUCCCUCUUCAUCCUCCCUCCUCCUCCUCCUCCCUGGUCCUCUCUGCAGUCCGCAGUGAAGGCAGCAGCGGCGGCAUCAGAGCAGCGCACUGCGUCUCCAGCACCGCUCCUCCCUGCGCUCCCCCGGCAGGUGGAAAACAUCUCACACGGGACCGCGACAAUGGCUUCCAUCACUGUCUUGAUGUUUCUGGCCCUGGUGGUCUCAGUUGAAGGUAGUGUUGGACCGAGUAGCAACACCAGCUUCUGCACAGAGUCAAAGGAGUGUCUGGAAUAUGAGCUGGUCUGCAAAACAGAUGAGUAUGAAGUGCGACACUACAGCCCGACUCGCUGGCUGUCAACAGAUGCCGAAGCCUAUUUCAUGGGGGUGGGAGCAGCCAUGGCUUUCAGGAGACUUUUCCAGUACAUCACAGGAGCCAAUGAAGCAGGCGUCCAGAUGGAGAUGACCGCCCCCGUCCUGGUCAAGAUCCCAGAGGAGACCAAGAUGUGGGAGCCGGCUAUCUACACGCUCAACUUCCCGCUGCCUGCAGCCUAUCAGGACAAGCCGCCUGCACCCACUAAUGACAAGCUGUACUUCACCGAGAUGCCGGAGAUGGACGUGUACGUGAGGAGCUACGGAGGCUGGAUGCUGUCGGUGACUUCCAGGCUUCACGCCCACCUGCUGACGAAAGAGCUGGAGAGAGUCCGAGCUUCCUACAAUCACAGCUAUCACUACGGAGUCGGCUAUGACAGUCCUUUGAAACUGCUGAACAGGCACAAUGAGGUGUGGUAUGUAGCCGAGGGCGAGCCGGUUUGCACUGAUCCACAGGAGCCGACCCCUGCACACACUCCCAGACCGACUCCGACCGACUCGCCCACAGACGCCCCGUCCGACCCCCUCCCUCACACCCUCUCUGACUCACCCUCACUCGCCCCCUCAAACCAGUCCUCAAACACAACGUCCAACUCCUCUUCACAAAUGCUCGCUGACUCGCCCGCCCUCCCACCAUCUAACCCUCCACCCAGUCCUUCAUCCGACCUGCCCGCUGAGGCCACGUUCAGCCACCCCCCAACCUCCGCCCAGGUCCCUCUGGGCUCCACCACCAACUCCUCCGACCCCGUCUCCGUGAGCCCGUCGUUGGAGCCGCAGGCCAACGCCGCCCAGUGGAACAGCACAGCCCAGAGCUCUGUGGACACAGUAGCCGACGGCAGCCCCAAGGUGGAGCCAGACGGUGCUCAUUAGCAGCAGCCAGAUGUGAUUUCAGCAGCUAAUCCAAGUAUAUUAACACAGAGUCUAAAUAGAAGGCAAACACUGGAGGAGGUGUGAUGGAAAGAUGGGUGAGUGUGUGACAUAGAUGGACAUGCUGUUCUUCCUCCUUAUCUCUCUAUUCCUGUGUAUUACACCUCCUUGUGGCACUUAGUGGUUAACUAUAUGUUCUAUCACAGCUUUGCACCUGCAGCACCUCCUGUAUCACCCGACACACGCCUUCCCACUUCGUCCCUCUGAGGUUAUCAAGCAGCUGCAUCGUAGAAUUAAUAAGAUGUAUGUAUUAGUUAGACAGUUAGUAUUCCAAGUUAUUGUGUUGAUUCAUGAAGCUAGCAAGGCAGAAGCGGACGUCCUUAACCAUCAGCUAACUAACUGAUGGGGCAUCAAUGGACAUCUGUGUGUAUUUGAUAAAUAAAAUGCCGGGAAUCACCACAGUAGGCCAUUAUAUCAGAGGACGCUUGUCUUAAUGUGUUCUAGCCACUCUUGUAAGUGGAGUUUAAAGCUGUAAUUAGUGAUUCCUGAGAGUUUCUGUCCAGUUAUAACUUCCCACAAGCUUCAUCAGUUACUUUCAUGUGGCAACAUAUUGGUGAAUCAUUAUAAAGUCAGUGCGCAUAUUCAUUGGGAUCUUUGUUGCAGUCUUAAGCCUAACCAAUACUAAAAUUUACUAAAUGAUACCACAGAUAUUAUUAGUGUUAUUUCUACCGUGGAUAAAAACCUUUAUUACUAGUAUUCAUGCUCAAAAGUGCUUGCAAAACUCUGGCCAUAUGCUUUGCAAAACUUGUUUUCUUAGUAUUUUAGGUUUUUCUGGGUUUUGUUGUGGAUUUUUCUGGCCAGUUUAGUCAACCUUUGGAUUAUGACAGAAGGAAUAUUAAUGGCAUACAGUAUGCCUUGUCUAGUCAGACAUUUCCAUAACUUCUUCAGGUAAAAUUUGAGCAAAAAAAUAAAUAAAACCAAUGAAUGAUUUAGUUUAAUUGAAUGAAGUAGAACCCACAGAUGUUGAUUCCAAUCUGAGGUGUUAGAAAAAUAAAUAAAGAAAAAUUUACAAAAACUGAUUUAUUUUUUAAAUUUCAUUAACUUUGCCCAAAAUGUUUAAUGAGUUAAUUACAUGGCCUAACAUUCAACAUCAGUGGUGGAAUGUAACAAAGUACAUCUGCUGAAGAACUGGACUUUACUGCAAAUUUAACUUACUUGUACUUUCCAUCCGUGAUUCGUAUACUUUUCCCCUUUAAAAGAUCUCCUCGACUCACCUCCUCCCUCAGCACUCUUUACCAUUAAACCAGGUAUCAGCAUCUUUUUAAUUACUUGAACUUUUCCAGUCCAUGUUCUUUUGUGCGUCUCCACAUUAAUCUAAAUUUGCCUGUGGGGUUUUUGACCACAAUGUUGAGAUGAGCAGGUUUUUGCUUUGUUUAUAUCUGGUGUUUUACCAGAAGCUGUACAAUCUAUACAUAGAAUGAGGUCAGGGGUUACAUGAUGCAUGAUAUUUAAACAGAAUGCAGAAAGCAGUAAGAGCUGGUGGAACUAAUGUGCGUAAACAGUCAGAUGUGCUAAUAAAGAAGAGGACAAACACUACAAGUUUAUGUAAAUGCUGCAGAGAACAAAACCUUUCAAAAGGCUUUCCUGGUGGUUUAAGGAGUAGGAAAUAGAUAUUUUCAGCCCUCAAGGAUGUUGAUUGUUUCUGUGUUUAUUUCCAAAGGAAAUCUCAAAAGUCACCUUUACCCUGCUGGAGAAAAUAAGGCCCUAACUCCAUUCUGUCCUGUGAAAUCUGUCCUAAACUUUUCAUAUUUAUACCCAGAAACUCUGUCCACAACAAUUCUUCAUCUUAAUUUUUUUGCAGCCAUGCAGCAUUUAAAGUAAUUGUGGUAAAGCUGCCCCAAAGAUCUCAAAAAAUCAUGCCUGAUCAAACCAAUGCAAUAAGAGUUAUGUAUGUGAAUAAAUACCAUUCUCUGUCGAUGCAUCUCUGAGCUACAUACUGUAUGUUCUGAGGAGGGUGCAAUAAAAAAAACAAAACUCUU